AUGCAGACAGAUGAACAUUACCUCGCCGAGCCCGUGCCGGACAGGGCGCCUCACUUCAACACAGAUGACGAGAUGGUAGAUUCGGAAACUGAUCGGAAAGAUACCGAUUUCGAUAUCGACCUUGACUCGUAUUCUAGUCCCGAGGGAAUCGAGGUCGAUGAUGUGAAUAAUGCCAUGGAAGACGACUAUGUCGACAAUGCAGAACCUCCAAGUAUAUCAUUUGAUAAUGAUGAUCUUAUGAUUGACGAAGAGGAAGACAUCACAUAUCCAGUUCCACAACCAGCCCUCCUUAGCAGUCAUGGCAGUAGUGAUCUACCGGAAGCAUCUCAGGACACCCUUAGACUCCCCAGUGUUCAGAACAGCGCAGAUGUUCCGCUUUUUUCUUUCAGUCAUCAGGAGUCCUCUUUGCCCCACGAGACACAAUUUGCUACCCAGGAGCUUCCUUCAGUUCCGGAUCACUCGCUCUACGAAGACGUGCCAACAGAUAAUGUAGACAUUCCAGAACAAGUAACAAAUACUGAGACUCAGUCCUCAAAGCCUGAUGCAGAGGCGUCAACAGAACUUAAUAAGGAUGAAGAGACACCACGCGCUCAGUCUCCCGCUAAAGCCGCAGAAGAGGCGCACAGAGAGCCAGAUUAUCAGUCGGGAGAUGUACAAGGGCACGAUUCGACUGAAUUAGAUAAUGAUUUCCAUCAUCAUGGUAACUGGAGUGAAAAUACAUCCACUACCCUAGCUCAUGAGCCGAACUUAUUAGAGGAUCAACGAGAGUUCGAGGAUGAACAAGAUGCUAUUGUCGGCAGUCAUGCUGAAGAUGUUGCGGCCGAAGUUAAUGACACCAUCGAGGAUCCUGCCACUAUUACAGGGUUCGCUCAAUAUAGCCUUCAUCCCAUAAUUGUACAGUUUGGUGAAAAUCGCCUGAGUCUGUUCCCCCCGCCUCCUCCAAUUGCCGAGGAUGGGUCCAUUGGUAGUCCGAUAAAUGAUCUUGAAUUCUUGAUUCAGGACCACGAUGUUUGCGAGAAGGGGGUCGAUCGGUUAUUUCAAGAGCUUCGGAAUGUUCUGGAAGGUGUAGUUGGAAAAGAUGUAGAGUUUGUCAUGGAGAUUGAGGGUUAUGGAGUUAUAAUUGGCGAAGAUAACAAAUCUUGCAGUGCCUUUUCGCUCCAAGACAUCCUCAGUUUCCACGUGCAACUCCACCAACAGGAUGGCCUCGAAACCCCUGAACCUCUACAGAUAAAUCUGACUACUCGUCCAACUCUUGUAAACCGUAUCGCGUCCCUUACAGCAGCCGUGAAUCAGGGCAUUGGGUUUUCUCAGGCUGUCGGUGUCAUCGAGUCCACUAUUGAGGACAUUGAGGAUAGCUACAUGAAAACCGGAGACGACCAUAAUGAGAAUGUCGCAGAAGAAAACGCUCAGCCCGAACAGGAAGAGAACCAAGAGGUAGAGUACCAUAAUAGUGACGAUGACCGACUUCUUGAGGAAGACGAAGAGAGUUUGGCGCCCGAGCCGAAGGCUCCACAAGAGGUUUACUCAAAUUUAGUCGCGCCGGUUGUUCAAAAAGAUACUGAGGAAGAGCUUAUGAAGGUAAAUGAAUCAAAGGCCGAUCCCUCCACAGAUAUGAAGAAAGUGGAAGAAGAAAUUGAUGAUGAUGAUUUUGACCUCGAAUACGGCAAUGAAGAGAAAGAGGAGGCUGAAAACGAGCAGCCUGAAAGAGAGCAGCCUGAAAAAGCGCAGCCUGAAAAGGAACAGGCCGAAAAAGAGCAGGCUGAAAAAGACCACAAUGGGGCAGAUGAAAUGGGUCCAAAAGUUGAUACUAGAUCCCCAUCCGGGUCUUCUUUAACUUCCGAGCCUCCAAAGCCUGUCGGUAUGCCGACUGAUAAGGAUUUCAAAGAUACCCCAGUCUUGGUACAAAUCGAAAGUGGGACUGAGGUGAUUAUAGAGGAAAUUUCUAGCGAGCCUUCACAAGAGGCUCAACAACCCGAGGAGAUCCAAGAUGCUCCUUCUGAUCAGAAUAGUCCCGAGAAAGAUGACGAGGAGUUGAUCGAAUACGAGGAAGACAAUGAAACUGAUGAAAAGGCUACAGUUGAUCUUGAGCAUCAAGCUGCUGAGUCCAAAGAACUGUCCCAUCACACUUCCUCGGGCCAAGGAUCCCCUCAAACAUCAUCUCAUUAUUCUCCUCCAGGGCAAACAACCUCCCAUGGCUCUCCUCACUAUUCUUCAGCAGAACAUAAAUCCCCUCUCGAACCUGGCUCUCCGCACGUUCAUGAAGACUCGAAAGUAGAAUCCCCUGCUCAUUCAGUUAGCAAUGAAUCGGAGCAUCAGACAGAUCACGUCAAAAAUUUAUCUGAAGUCAAGGAAGACAAUUCUCAAGAGAUUCAGGACAUCCCAAACGCUACUAAGGUUCCAUCUUCAAUUCCUGUAUUCCAGGGAGAUGAUGGCGCCGAAGUUCAGUACGAGUAUGCUGAGGAUCAACACCAAACUGAAUACGACGGAUACGAGUAUGAUAAUCAAGAAUUGUUCGAAUUGGAAGAGGGAGAAUUUGACGAAGAAAACGGUGGAAUUGGAAAUGAAAAUGAUGCAGAGUACCAAGAAGGUUUUGAGUAUGCUGCCAAUUACCCCACAGAUGAACAGAACGGCUAUCUAGGCGAAGAAGGAAACGAAAUUCCGGAUAACGCUGAGCCACACGAAACGUACGUGGGCGAUGGUACAUACGAUAGCUAUGAGGGUGAAGCAGAAUACUCAGCCCAGGAUGCGGACGGAUAUUCCAUCGAAUACCCUGAAGAAAGCUACGGUGAAGAUUUGGCUGCUUAUGAGCAAGCCGAGUUUGGAAACGUCAACGACAUCGAGACGGCUGCAGAUAAUGAAUUUGGUGUCCCCGUAAAGGAGGGCUCGCAAUCGCCAAAUUAUGUCGUUAAACUUUUGGACAAGACCUCAACAACUAUCAAAGAGGUCGAAGAGGAACAACUAAUCGAUUAUGAGGAUGAAACAGAGCUUGUGCAAGAAAAAUUCGAAGACAAAUCUUCUCAGCACGUGAAAUCACCUGGUGACCAAAAGAGAAUGCGCGAGGACGAAUCAGCAUCCCCUGGUUACGGGAGUGAUGAUGAAAAUCAAGCAGCUAAACGCGUUCGCGCUUUGUAA